AUCUUGAAAAUAAUUCGUACUUCCUGUACGCAAGAGACUUUUCCACAAGCAGCUGGCUGCCGCCCGUUAGUUUUUGUUGAAAUUGCAGCUAAAUAUAUGAACUAAUUAGGUAGUUGAACUUACGAAAAUGAAUACUGUAUUAUCAAGGGCCAAUUCCCUUUUUGCUUUUUCACUCAGUGUGAUGGCAGCUCUCACAUUCGGCUGUUUUAUCACCACGGCGUUCAAAGAUAGAAGCGUCCCUGUGGACAUACACGUAUCAAAAGUGAUGCUGAAGAAUGUGGACGACUUCACCGGGCCCAGAGAACGAAGCGAUUUGGGAUUCCUCACCUUCGACAUUUCAGCACAUCUGCAACCAAUAUUCGACUGGAACGUCAAACAGCUCUUCCUGUACCUGUCUGCAGAGUAUUCAACUAAAAGCAACGCGCUGAACCAGGUGGUUCUCUGGGACAAGAUUGUGUUGAGAGGAGAUAAGACAAAGCUCUUGCUGAAGGACAUGAAGUCCAAGUACUUCUUCUUCGAUGACGGAAAUGGCCUUCGGGCCAAUAAAAACAUCACUCUGACGUUGUCGUGGAACGUGGUGCCCAACGCCGGGAUCCUGCCCCUGGUUACCGGCUCCGGGCGCAAGUCCCUCCCGUUUCCCGACGUGUACGAGACCACCCAGAGCUACUGAAACCGCCCGCCCGUCUUUGUGAACGUUGUUACUCUUUUAUGACUUUUAAUAAAAGUUUACACCACAGGG